AUGCAGGCCAGCUACCCACCCUACAACGAAGACAGCGACAUGGAGGUCGACCCUCUUGGCGACAACGAGUACUUGCCCGUCACUGGCCAUGGCAAUGACGACCUUGACAUACAUUCGCCGAACGACUCUGGCUAUGAAGACCAGGGUGAAGAUGAGGCUGACGAUGACUUUGACGCUACGUAUGGCGCCAACAAGAAGCGCUCACACAAAAAGAAACGUCUUUCGUCCGCCGCUCCCCGCUCAAAACCUCCAACCCACAACUCUGACUCAGACUCUGAUUAUGGGAGCUCAAAGAAGAAGAAAAAGUCUAGAGCAUUUCACGACGAGGUUCGAGUGUCCAGUCGAGGUGUUACUGCUCCAAAUUAUAUCGACGAUGUUCCUGGUUUCGAACAUUUUGACGACGAUGACGAGGCGCCAGUCCCUCCCGGCCCACUCAUCUCCGCCCCCACCGACGACGAAAUCGAAUUUGUGCUGAACCAUUGUCGCGAAGAUGGUCAUGAAAGCGACUCUCAAGACCUGUGGUUUGAAAACAUUCGAUACCACAUCAAAUGGAAAGGUUUUUCACAUAUGCACAAUACCGACGAGACAUACGAGUUCUUGAAGAACUACAAAGGCUUCAAACGGGUGGACAACUACAUCAAAUCAUACAAGCAGUGGCACGCACGCGUUUCGGAUCCGAAUAUCUCUCCAGAAGACCGAGAGGCCUUGCAAAUCGAUCGCGACCGUCAAAUUGAGGAGUUGGAUGUUUAUCGAGUGGUCGAGAAAAUCAUCACUCAACGCCCCUCUCACACUUCUGGGAACGAGGUCGAUUAUUUCUGCAAAUGGUCGGGGCUCAACUACGAUAACUGCACAUGGGAGCCUUCAGGGGACCUGGGUCCAGCUAACGAGGGCGCAAUUGAAGCAUACCGGGAGCGUAAGCGGCAAGCACGGUAUCCGUACAAAAGCUCCACCUGGCCACGAAAUGCACGACCCCAUUUCCAGAAAAUCCACAAAGACCCGGACUACAUCGCUGAGACGGGGAAUGAGCUGAAAGACUUCCAGCUUACCGGACUUAAUUGGCUGGCUUAUUUGUGGAGUAAGGGAGAAAACGGUAUUCUGGCGGAUGAAAUGGGUCUAGGAAAGGCAAGUGACUUUACUGUUCAGACUGUCUCUUUCUUGUCAUACCUGUUUCAUCAAAUGGAGCAGUACGGACCUUUCUUGGUCAUCGUGCCACUCUCGACGAUUACCGCCUGGCAAUCGCAGUUCGCUUCUUGGGCUCCAGACAUCAAUGUCAUCACCUACAUCGGGACCUCCCACGCUCGCGCAGUCAUCCGCGAGUUUGAAUUUGGCAAGCCCAAGAAGAACAAGAUGAACGUACUCCUCACCACCUACGAGCUGGUGUUGCGUGAUGCGAAAGAGCUGUGCGAGAUCAAGUGGCAAGCGCUUGCGGUGGAUGAGGCACAUCGGCUUAAGAAUUCUGAAAGCCAGCUGUAUGAAGCUCUUCGAUCUUUCUCUGCGCAAUCGAAACUCUUGAUUACUGGCACUCCUCUACAAAAUAACGUCAAAGAACUUCUUGCACUGAUGCACUUCCUGAUGCCUGAGAAAUUCGCUCUUACCAACGAGUUCGACCUGAAUGACGCCGACCAUGAGACCAAGAUCAAGGAGCUUCACCAACAACUCGAGGAGCUGAUGCUACGGCGGUUGAAGAAAGAUGUUCUCACCUCCCUGCCAACCAAGAGUGAACGUAUCUUGCGAGUUGAAAUGAGCGCCCUUCAAACUCACUUCUAUAAGAAUAUCUUGACCAAGAAUUUCCAAGCCCUAGUCAAAAGUGCCAACGGAAAUAAUAACAUCAGUCUGCUCAACAUCGCGAUGGAGCUAAAGAAGGCGGCUAACCAUCCCUAUCUGUUCGAUGGUGCCGAAAACCGCGUCAACAACAACGAAGAGACACUCAAAGGUCUGGUCAUGAGCAGCGGCAAGAUGGUGUUGCUAGACAAGUUGCUUGCCCGCUUGAAACAGGAUGGACAUCGUGUCCUCAUCUUCAGCCAAAUGGUUCGAAUGCUCGACAUUCUCAGCGACUACAUGAGCCUGCGAGGCUAUAUUCACCAACGACUUGAUGGCAUGGUUGCAUCUGAUGCCAGGAAGAAGUCGAUUGCGCAUUUCAAUGCGCCCAACUCGCCGGACUUCGCCUUCCUCCUAUCCACGCGUGCCGGUGGGCUUGGUAUCAACCUUGAAACUGCGGACACUGUCAUCAUUUUUGAUAGCGACUGGAAUCCACAGAACGACCUCCAGGCGAUGGCACGCGCGCACCGCAUUGGUCAAAAGUCUCACGUCAACGUCUACCGGUUCGUCAGCAAGGACACCAUGGAGGAGGAUGUACUAGAGCGAGCAAAGAAGAAAAUGGUGUUGGAGUAUGCUAUCAUCAACCAGAUGGACACCUCACAAGCUCAUCUCAGCUCCAAAGCCUCCACAAAAGACCCUUCCAAACCCGACAACCUCAGCAAGGACGAGCUGACUGCCGUCCUCAAAUACGGAGCUCAGAAAAUGUUCGACAAAGACGACUCUCAACAAAGCCAAAAGCUCGACGAGAUGGAUCUUGACGACAUUCUCAACCGUGCCGAGGACCAUGAGACAAUGGCUGUGAACGGCGAUGGUGGGACCUCUCUGGGUGGCGAAGGAUUUUUGGCGCAGUUUGCUGGUGUUACGGACAUCAAGAACGACAUGAGCUGGGAAGACAUUAUUCCGCUUGACCAGCGGCAAAAAAUGGAGGAAGACGAGGAGCGCAAAGCCGACGAGCUGGCCUCGGGCGAUUCGCGUAAGCGGUCUCAUGCUCAAGUCUCCUAUGAAGGCAUGGAUGUCGAUCAACCCAGCGGCUCAUCAGCGCCCAAAAAAACCAAGGCACCGGCUGCGAUGCGGAAGUCGGCAAGCCAAAAGUCGAUGGAGUUGAAGGAGAGAGAUGUCCGGGUUUUGAUCCGAAGUCUGCAACGAUGGGGAGACAUUCGUCAGCGAUACGACGUUAUCGUUACCGAGUCGAAACUGCAGGACAAGAAUAGGGGGAUGAUCAUGGAUGUUGCGGACGAUAUUCUCGACGUUUGCAACAAAGCCAUUCGAGAGCACGAGGAUCAGAAGCGCAACCGUUCCACCACUGGAGAGCCUCUAACCAACGCUCAGAAGAGCAAAGCUGUUUUGGUCACAUGCAGAAAUGUCGCAAACAUCAACGCAGAAACCGUCGUCUCCAGACAUCGCGACCUUCGUAUUCUCUACAGCGUUUUGGCGGAGUGCGAGGAUCCUUACAAAUGGACCAUACCUAUUGACAAUAUUCGACCUACUCUAAACUGGUCUGGCCGAUGGGGACCCCAAGACGACUCGAUGCUGCUUGUUGGAGCUUUCCUAUAUGGGUUUGGUAACUGGGAAGCCAUGGCCAAGGACACCAAGCUUGGGCUGGAGGGCAAAUUCUUCCUUGAGGAGGGCAAGAAGGGCGAAGACUCAGCAAACAAACCUAUUCCCAAUGCCAUCCACUUGGUACGGCGUGGCGACUUCCUACUGGGUCUUUUGCGAGAACACGACGAGAAGCUCCGUUCAUACGAAUCUUCUCUCCGCACCAAGAGUAACAACAACAAACAUUCCGCGUCCCCGCCUCCGAUGGCCUCCACAUCUUCUGGCUCUGGUUAUGGGUCAAAUAUGAAACGGCGAGCUGAGAGUGAGGCGGUUGCGUCUGUUGAUGACCCAAGCUCCCGGAAACGCAAGCGACGACCAACUCCAACAUUCACUGAUUCGGAAUCCUCUGACGAAUGUCCAUCGAUGGACGAGGCCUCAACGAAAGAGGAGCUACGGCCUGUGAAGAAACAGCUGAAGCAGCUGAAACUUUCUGGGGAGGACAUGCCUCGGGACGAUAAAGUUGCGAUCCUCAAGGACUCGUUGGCGGCCAUUGGUCGUCGAAUAGAAGUGGUGCUUAACGCCAAAGCACAAGCUGGAGAGGAUCGUGAACGCUGGCGGCGGCAUUUAUGGACAUUCGUCACGUUGUUCUGGCCGAAGAAAGUCAAAGCCUCCAAGCUGGAAGAGAUACACGCGAAGAUGGUGGUCAAGCUAAGCUCAGACACACCAAAAAACGGGACAGAGAGCUCUUCGAAGAAGGCGAGGUUAAGUGGACCAAAUGGAUCAACAUCGUCGCAUUCACCCAAGACCAAUGGAAAGUCGCAUCGGUGA